AUGGCUCCUAAGCUUAAGAUCGCAGCAAUUCAGGCCGAGCCCGUUUGGCAAGACCUCGAGGGCGGCGUUAACAAGUCAAUUGCCCUCAUCGAGGAGGCUGCUAGUAAGGGCGCCAAUGUUGUGGGAUUCCCAGAGGUCUUCAUCCCCGGAUAUCCAUGGAGCAUCUGGGCCAGGUCUCCCACGGAAAACGCCGGCUUCAUGGACGAAUACUUCCGAAACUCCCUUGUGAAGGACUCGGAUGAGAUGAAGCGGAUCUGCGCCGCCUCCUUCAUCGACGAGAAUGGCGUUAUCGUCCACCAUCGCCGCAAGAUCAAGCCCACUCACGUCGAGCGCGCCUACUGGGGCGACGGCCAGGGCGAGUCCCUCCAGACCGUGAUCCCUAGCACAGCCCACCCGGACGUCAAGAUCGGCGGCCUCAACUGCUGGGAACACACCCAGGUCAUGUUGCGGUACUACGAGUACGAGCAGGACGUCGACCUGCACGUCUCGAGCUGGCCCGUCCUCUGGGCGCACCCGACCGAUAAGAACGGUGCCAAGGAGGCGGACUGGCCGGGCCACAUCACGGACGUGAUGAGCAUGCGAUUCUCGCAGAUCGUCGCCCUCGAGGGGGCCUGCUUCGUGAUGGUCUGCACGCAGGUGGUCAGCGAGGAGGGCAAGAAGAAAUGCAGGAUCGCGGACUUUGGGUACGCGAACUGCACGCCUGGCAGCGGUGGCGGAUUCAGCAUGAUUUACUCCCCGAUGGGCGAUGAGCUCGUCGAGCGUCCUCACCCCGGCGAGGAGUGCAUCCUCUACGCCGAUGUCGAUCUUGCGGAGAAGGCCAAGGCGAAGCAGAACCUCGACAUUGUGGGCCACUACUGCCGGCCUGAUCAGCUGAGUCUGCGCGUCAACAAACCACCCAGCAAGAAGUAUGUCGAAUCCCUGCAGGCCCGGAUCCGUCACUUGGAAGCCCAGGUCAUAUCACUAGGCUCUAAGCCUGCAGACACCUCUGGCAAUUUAGACUUGGCACCCGAGUAUGAAGAAGAAGAUGACUCGACCGGGGCAGACGAGGAAGGUCCCCUAUCAGAUCUGGCCGGUCUAGUCGGCCGUCUUAAUGUCAUCGACGAUGGGCAGGUGCAUUAUUUUGGAUCCCAGAGUUCAUAUCAUCUCGUCCAUGAGCCUAUGAGCGAGACGGACCCCCAUGAGCCAUCACUCAAGGCACAGAUGCAAGGCCUAAUUGCCGCCGCCCAGCUCGGGAAGACGGCCAACGUCACCGACGAGCUCCAGAACCAUCUCCUCGAUCUAUACUGGCGGUGGCAGAACCCGUGGAACUACGUGAUCCACAAGGGUGCGUUCUUGAAAAGCUUCAGUGGGGAGCAUGACGGCAAGUUCUGUUCGCCACUCUUGCUUUGCUCGAUAUUUGCGAUAGCAGCGCGGUAUUCCGACCGCCCCGAGCUACGCUCGGUGCCGGACGAUCCAAGCACUGCCGGUGAUGCAUUCUGCGAGCACGCCAAGAUAUUGAUGCUUUAUGAAGCUGAGGCUCCGAGCAUCACCACGGUACAGGCUGCUUGUCUUCUGGCUUUAAGAAUCAUGUCGGAUGGGAAGGAGGCUCUAGGUUGGUUGUACGCGGGCAACGCGACAAGGAUGGCACAUAAUCUGGGCCUGCACUUGGACUCUUCAAAGUGGACCACAACAGCCUUGGUGCCAGAAGAAGAGGCCGAAGCACGGAAAGUGACGUGGUGGGGAUGCUAUGUCGUUGAUAAACUCUUCUCCGUUGGCCUAGGCCGCCCGAGUAGCACCCCAAAAUCGACGAUCUCUUGUCUGAAGCCUAGCAUAGAUACUAAUGAGGAGUUCACGCCCUGGUUGCCGACAUCUGAUGCGUCGUCUCUGGAGACCACACUAGGUAUGCACUCGCACAUCUCUUCGACAGCCUGCCAUGUCUCAGAAACCUAUACCAUUGCCUGCGAAGCCAUGGACAUAAUCUAUGCUGCCAACAGUAAAUUAUCGACCCGACAGCUGGAAGAUGUCGUUAGCAAAGCAGACCUGGAAUUGCGGACACACUUUAGAGAGCUGCCGAGCCACCUGCGCCUGCCGGCUUCACCCAAAGUGCCGAUGCUUCCUCACAUCUGCCUCUUCCACAUUCAGUAUCAUGCACACUUGAUUCUCUUACACAGACCGCUCAUCCGCAGCAAGGGAAGGAGGAGCUCCACGAGCGUCGAUACAUCCGCCGAUGAUGGGAGCACCAAGGGAGAUGAUUAUGAGAACCGGCAUAUGGCUAUAUGUUGUCACUCCGCAGCAGAAAUCGCACGGCUGUUGCGCACAUACAAGCACCAAUAUACCUUGCGCCGGAUUCCCAUCGCAGCAGUACACCUGUGUUUCGCAGCCGCCGUGAUCCACCUCAUAGACGCCCAGCCGUCGAAUCCCAACAGGUCGCAGGGAAUCAGGAAUCUCCAGACGUGCGUCGAUGUGCUGCAGGACCUCCGCACGGCAUGGUGCACGUGGAGCGACCGGGCGCUGAGGGCUGUGCGGCUGUUGGCGCGGGAGUGGUAUCAGUGCGAGGACGUCUCACAGCUGCAGAGUUGCGGUGGCCCGUCCGGGGCAGCAGGGCUCGCAGAUGACGGGCCACGAGGGCCUCCACAGGCGGGACUAGACUUGGAGGGUGAUGAUCAAGAUGACGCACUCGCGUUCCUCUUUGAUGCUGCCACCCCAGGUCAGUAUAUGGACAGUCUAGUGAAGGACUGGCUGGUGGAAAGUGCAUAUGAUAUCUUCAAUGCCGUUGAAGAGUGA